ACCCAAUGGCCGCAGGGGAGCUUCUCCGGAAGUGGCGGUGUCAGCUGGGUAGGAAGGCGGAAGUGAGCGUGAGCUGCCUGCGGAUAACCCGGGAUGGAGCGGUGACCGGUGCCCAUGGAAGGGGCGGGGCCUGGAGACACCGGGAACGGAGACGGGGAGCCGGAGGUGGUUUGCACCAUGGAGAACAAGCCCAUUGUCACGUGGGCAGGAGACCAGAAUGUAUUCUAUGCAGUUUUCCCCAUCCUGACGCAGCAGCUGCCCCGGGAGCCAAUGGAAUGGAGAAGGGCUUACGGUCGUGCCCCAAAGAUGAUUCACUUGGAGUCCCAGUUUGUACCAUUUAAGGAAGAACUUCUCCCGAAAGAGGGGAACAAGGCAUUGCUCACCUUCCCCUUCCUCCACAUCUACUGGACAGACUGCUGUGACACGGAAGUCUAUAAAGCCACAACAAAAGAUGACAUCACCAAAUGGCAAAACGCCCUGCGCGCUCACAGCACCACUGAUUGGCUGAUUAUGGUGGUGGAAAGUGAAGCAAAGAAGAAGAACAAAACCAACAUUCUCCCCCGGACGUCCAUUGCCGACAAGAUCCGCAGCGACUUCUGUAACAAGCAGAGCGACAGGUGCAUGGUGUUGGUGGAUCCUCUAAAGGACACGUCUCGAUCCCAGGAAUCCUGGUCUAUGUUUCUAGCCAAGCUGCGCACUCUGCUCCUCACGUCCUUCACCCGAAAUCUUGGCCACUUUGAAGAUGAGAUGAGGACCCUGAGAGAGAAGAGAACUGAACCAGGCUGGAGCUUCUGUGAAUAUUUCAUGGUCCAGGAGGAGCUGGCGUUUGUGUUUGAGAUGCUGCAGCAGUUUGAGGAUGCUUUGGUUCAGUACGAUGAGUUGGACGCUCUCUUUUCUCAAUAUGUACUAAACUUCGGUGCUGGGGAUGGGGCCAAUUGGUUGAGCUCAUUCUGCCAGCCAGUGAGGAGAUGGGACGGCCUGGCCCUGCGCAAACCAAUCGACAUGGAGAAGCGAGACCUGAUCCAGAGGCGCCAGGCCAACCUGCUGGAGCUGCGCAGUUACCUGUUCUCCCGCCAGUGCACCCUACUUCUCUUCUUGCAGCGCCCCUGGGAGGUGUCGGGUCGAGCCCUCGAGUUACUCCAUAAUUGUGUGCAAGAGCUGAAACUGCUGGAGGUGUCUGUCCCUCUCGGGGCUCUGGACUGCUGGGUGUUCCUCAGUUGCCUCGAGGUGCUUCAGAGGAUUGAGGGGUGCUGUGAGCGAGCUCAGAUAGAGGCCAACGUGUCCCACACCGUGGGUUUGUGGAGUUACGCCACUGAAAAGCUCCAGGCUCUUGGCUCCCUGUGUGGUUUGGUGUCUGAGACAGGCCCUUGUUCUGAAGAUCUUCACCGGACUGUAGACUUGUUGGCUGGACUUGGAACAGAGAGGUCAGAGACAGCCAAUACAGCUGACAGUCCUUAUAAGAAGCUGCAGGAGGCGCUGUCCUCUGAGGAGACCUUUGAGAAGCACUAUCUGGAGCUGUGCCAGGCAACCAUAGAGAUGUACAACAGCAUCGGGAGGACUCGCUCUGCCAAGCUGCUCGGGAAGGACCUGGCCAACUUCUACAUGAAGAAGACCUGCCCACAGAAAGCUGAGCCCUUCCUACAGAGCGCCCUGAAUAUGUACCAAUCAGAGGCCUGGGAACUGCCCCUCACUCACACUCGCAAACAACUGGCCGAGUGUCAGAGGCAACUGGGACAGACAGAGCCAUACCUCAGGACUUGCAGUCUGCUAGCGGCUGAUGUGAAUCUCUCUCAGGAAGAGCGACAGCUUUUCUGCCAAGAAAUCCUCAAGUUUGCAGCUAAGAGCAGCACCAGCCCAGAGUCCCCGGUCUGCCUCCCAUUGGGAUCCUUCGCACAACUCACCUCUCUCAGCUUUGAGCCCCCCAAUGCGGUUGUGCACGUGGGAGGGUCCCUGACCAUGGAACUGACCCUUCUCAGCUUGAUGCCGGAGCCCCUACAGCUGGACUAUAUCUCUGGCCACUUCCACUACAACCUGGACAGGAGCAGUUAUCGCAAGACGGCCGAGUGGCUAACGAGGCACAAACCAGCCAAUGGCACAAUCUUCUUUCAGACUGAGGGGCCCCCAGGGGCCAGAGGAACGGCGCCUGCUCUAGAACUCUCUGAGAUGCAUGAGAAGAGCCCAUCAGAGGGGGGACUAGUAAGCGCGGGCGUCAUCUGUAGAAAUGUCCAUGUGCUGCUCCGCUCUCAGGACUCCCAGUCAUCCUCCUCAUUGGACAGACAGACCAGUCUCACCCUGAAGGAAGGAGCCAACACCCUGAAGUGCCACAAUGUCACCCUACAACCUGGCCUCAACCACCUCACCUUUCAUACACAGGCAUCAGAGUCGGGCACCUAUACCCUGCGCCAGCUGGUGGCAUCUGUUGGAGAGGUGCAACUGCAGCUCCCCCAUAUUUACCCCAUCGUUCAAUAUGAUGUAUAUACCCAGGAUCCUCAGCUGAAGGUGGAACCCCAGAGUGAAUGCCUCCUGGCUGGAAUCCGACAGAGCGUGAAGUUCACAGUCACCACAGGACAUUACACUAUAAAGAAUGGGGACACCCUGCAGCUGAGUAACACUGAGAAUAUGCCUGUCCUACUGGGAACCGGCACCACAGCCGCCAUCUGCAGGAACAGCCAAGGGGAGGUGAGUGAGAAGUCGCUCAGUAUUCAGCGCUCUGAGAAGGUGACGAGUAUCUGUCUGCCCCCCACACCCCCCUAUCACAUUGUGGAGUUUGAGUUGGACGUGGUGUGUUUGCUGCCAGAGGCCGGACACCUGCUGAAUGGAGAGGUGCCCCACAGAGGGCGGGAUCAGUUGGACUCACUCAUCAGCAACACUACAGAACAGCGGGUUACUGUUGACUGUCCGUGGUCCAUCUAUUCCACCAUCAUCAGUCUGUCCUUCCAGCUGCCCCUGAGAGCUCAGCACACUCUGCUCUCCUCUGGGACCCGGAAAUAUAUUCAGGUCUGUGUGGAAAACACGUGUGAGUUCCAGUUCCAGCUGUCAGAGAGCAGUCUCACCUCCACGCGGGACUUGAAGUUCCAGCCCCUGCACCAAGCGGGUAUCCAGGAGCUCCAGAGCCAGCAGUGCCUGUUCUUCAUUUGGGAAGUCACAUGGUGCCCGGAUCUGCCCCCAUCUCUGCCCUGUCAUUUCUCUGUCAGCUUCUACCCCAUCCCCUCCCCCAAUCCCUGCAGCCACCUACAGCCCUUCACCUACCUCUUCCACCUGGAGCACUUUUAUACAUUAUACACAGUGCGUGCUGAGAUCUCGCCACCUCCUGAUUUGAAGUUCUGUAAGACGGGCGCUCUCUGCUCACUGGAAGUCUCUAUCACUCGCUUGUGCGACUCGUUGGAGAAUGACAACGAGGAGACGCUCACCGACUGCAACGGCUACAGCAGCGCCCAGCUCUUCUAUCAGGUUGCAGAUGGCGGCAGUAACUGGGCAGUUUGUGGGCGGAGCUCUGGAGUUGUGAUGAUACCAGUGAAGGAGGGUGCGUGUCACACGCUCAGUAUGGAGGUUAUGCCUUUAUUUGCCGGUUACCUUCCUUAUCCCGACGUGCGGCUCUCCCGGUACCUCCCUCACCAUUCUCACUCCCAACAACUGGAUGCAGACAGCUGGAUUGAGAAUGACUCGGUGUCAAUGGAGGAUCCAUGUGAAGUGGCCAGUGGGCGGGGACAGAACAGAGGGUGUGUCUCCCCGGGAGCCACGGGCAACAAUAUGGAACACAAGGGACUCCCAAUGCCCCGGCUGCAGCCCUUUCACCCCGGGCAGAUCAGCAAUGGCAGUUUAGGGCGGCAGAUCCUGGUGGUGCCCAGCACAGACGACCAUGUCCUGGAGGUGAAUGUCACAUGACCCUGCGCCCCUCAGGGGCGGAGCCAAACCUGUAUCAUGUCUGUACAGUCGGGGGUUGGACAUGGAGGGGGUGGGGGCGGAUGAUUUCAGAACACGGCCCCGAUGGAGAUCAUUGACUCUGCUCUGCAUGUGCUCCUGAUUGGGCAGGUAAUGAGCGGGGGCGGGUCAUCCGGAGCAGAUUAUCUUUGGACUCUACGUAGCAGAAUUACAGGCGGGAUUCUCAUUGGAAAUAACUGGAAUACUGGGGGGGGGCAUCUUCUGCUUCUUGUUGCCCCUGUCCCUCUUCUUAUUGGCUUUUCUACUGGACUAACUGGGCUGCAUUUCCCUUGCCACUCUCAUUGCCCCCCAUCUGCCCACAGCCUCCCCGGUGUUUCUCUAUCACUUUCUUUGUCUCGCACAACUGCCACGUGAAAUUGCCCUGUGGCACCUUUAUUCUUACUCAACUGGCACAAGAGGGAAGGGUGUUGAUGUUCUCAGACAGGUAGAUCGGUGCCCCCCCAGGCUUGUCAGGUAGAGCUGCUCUGUGCUGGGCAACAUGUGCCACUCUCAUCAUCACUCUGCUCUGGGGCAACGCUGGCAGUUGUGUUCCCCCCCCGCUGCUGGAGCACCACACGUUGCCAAGUGAUGGAGCCAACGCAUUUCAGUAUUUGAUGUUUACACAGACUUUAUUUACAGGGACAAGGAGCUUCUUUACUUAUAGUCAGUGCCAGGCUGGGGGCAGUUGUGCCAGUGGGUACAGUUCCUGGGGGGGGGGAAUAUGGAGGGAGUGCAGUGGGAAUGGCAGUGGGAAUGGCAGUGGGAAUGGCAGUGGGAAUGGCAGUGGGAAUGGCAGUGGGAAUGGCAGGGGAAAUAGCGGUGGAAUUCACUGAAUGUGGGGAGAGGCUCUGCAGACUGUACUUUGACUCUGGGGGCACAAUCUCUGCAGAUGUGGGAGCCAGUGAACUCCGCCCCAAGUCUCAAACUUCUUUUUACCUCCGAUAAUCAUGGAGUUGCCCCCCUUCCUUUCACACAAUGGCCAGUCAGAAGAGGGGGUGACUACGGUGCAGCUGUGGGAAUGUGGGUGCAGCUCUUGGCCUCCCACUGCUCAUUCACAACAAAGAUUGUCUUACGUCGGCCCCUAUUUUGUGGGGUGAUUUUUGCACCAAUAUAUUCUAUACACAUGUGUGAGUCUGAGCCCCAAUGUACUGCCCCACUCUCUGCCCCCUCCAUAGUAACACUACACUGCUGCCCAUUGUGAUAUCUACCUGCUGCUAUGGGAAAGCCCCGCCCUGACCGAACCCCUAUGUACUUAGCCCCACCCCCUUCUAUGUAAUAUACCCUGUGGGAGAAAUGUUAAAUUAAGGUGACGCUUCUACUCAGAGUUAAAAGAAAAUACACAUUUUAACAGAGAA